AUGACUGUGAUCUCAACAUAUCGCAAUUUCGUAGUUAGUAGAACUGAGUUAGGACUCGUUUCUGGCGUUUGUUUUUUUUAUUUUGCAGGAUAUUUCAUUUUUGGUGUGCUCAUCAAGAACUUCGAGGUCCAAUUAUGCCAUCAGACAAGCAAUGCUGCGUUCCUGGAUGUAAGGAAACUAAAGGAGAGCAGAGAGCAGCCGGGACAUCGACGCAGAGCAGGGAGCAGCUGGGACAUCGACGCAGAGCAGGGAGCAUCCGGGACAUCGACGCAAGAAUCUUCACUCAAGAACCAAAGGAAUAGUCAAUAUACAUAUAUGAACCAGCAACAUCAUGGGGAGCACAGAGUAGCAGGGGUA